CCGACAAAUUGUUUUGACGUUUACAAAAAAGAAAAAAGUUGACCCCGUUUUCAUAUUUUUAAAAUAGUAUUUGCUAAUUUAUAAAAAAAUAGUUAAAUAAUAAAUAAAAUGAUUCGCUUUAUAUUAAUCCAAAAUAGAGCCGGAAAAACUCGUCUAGCAAAGUGGUACAUGAAUUUCGACGAUGACGAAAAGCAAAAGCUAAUCGAAGAAGUGCACGCAGUAGUUACAGUACGAGACGCUAAACAUACCAAUUUUGUUGAGUUCCGAAACUUCAAAAUCGUCUAUCGUCGCUAUGCCGGCUUAUACUUCUGUAUCUGCGUAGAUGUCAACGACAACAACCUAUGUUACCUCGAAGCAAUUCAUAAUUUCGUAGAAGUACUAAACGAAUACUUUCAUAAUGUAUGCGAAUUAGAUUUGGUAUUUAAUUUUUACAAAGUGUACACAGUCGUAGAUGAAAUGUUCUUGGCGGGUGAAAUUAGAGAAACUUCUCAAACCAAAGUUCUUAAGCAAUUGUUAAUGUUGAACUCAUUAGAAUAAGUUUUUAAGUAAGGCUGUAUGUUCUAUUGUAUUUAGAUGUUGAUGUAUUAUGUAUUAUAAUGAUUAUUUUUUAUGUAAGGCUAUGUGUAAUAAAUAGUCAGAUUUGUGACUAUGAAAAUGAACAAAAAUAGAUGUUAGGCAAUUAUCUGUCCACAUUAAAAGAAGCUUGGAAGUUAAACCUGUUAAGUGACAAAUUGCCAGUUUUGAUAUUGUUUGAAGAAUUUUGUAACAUUCAAAUGUAAGUUACUUAACAGCUCUCAUUUUUUAUUUCUCCAAAUCUUAAAUUCAAGAAAAAUAUUUAUUCCUAUUUGUUUAAUGUAAAAUAAUGUAUCAAAUCAGUAAUUUCAAAUUCUAUGUAUAUGAUAAUACCUAAUAUUUAAUACUCGAAUGAAUAAUGUUAAUUAUUUAGUACACAUAAUUUAUAAUAAUAAUUAUUAUUCUUAGGUAUUGUAUUUUGCAUUCCAUGAAAUAUUUGUUUGUUGGCUGUUUAUAUAGAUAAAAAUGUGUGUUUCUUAUUUUUCUUUUAUAAGAAAUUAAUUACAACUUCUGCCUGAAGAUGAAUA